AUGAACAACUUUAGUAAUGAAGAGUUUGACUGCCAUUUCCCGGAUGAAGGCUUUACUGCCAAGGACAUUCUGGACCAAAAAAUUAAUGAAGUUUCUUCUUCUCACGAUAAGGAUGCCUUCUAUGUUGCGGACCUGGGAGACAUUCUAAAGAAACAUCUGAGAUGGUUUAAAGCUCUUCCUCGGGUCACCCCCUUUUAUGUACUCAAAUGCAGUAACAGCAGAACCAUAGUGAAGACCCUAGCUGCCACAGGGACAGGAUUUGACUGUGCCAGCAACACUGAAAUCCAGUUGGCGCAGGGUCUCGGGGUGCCUCCUGAGAGGAUUUUCUAUGCAAAUCCUUAUAAACAAGUGUCUCAGAUUAAAUACGCUGCCAAUAAUGGAGUCCAGAUGAUGACUUUUGAUAGUGAAGUUGAGUUGAUGAAAGUUGCCAGGGCACAUCCAAAGGCCAAGUUGGUUUUGCAGAUUGCCACGGAUGAUUCCAAAGCAGUCUAUAGCCUCAGUGUCAAAUUUGGUGCCACACUAAAAACCAGCAGGCUUCUUCUGGAACGGGCGAAAGAGCUAGAUAUUGAUGUCAUUGGUGUCAGCUUCCACGUGGGAAGUGGUUCUACUGAUCCAGGGACCUUCAUGCAGGCCAUCUCUGAUGCCCGCUGUGUCUUUGACAUGCGAGCUGAGGUUGGUUUCAACAUGUAUCUGCUUGACAUUGGUGGUGGCUUUCCUGGAUCUGAGGAUGUAAAGCUUAAAUUUGAAGAGAUCACCAGUGUAAUCAACCCAGCGUUGGACAAGUAUUUUCCGUUAGACUCUGGAGUGAGAAUCAUAGCUGAGCCAGGAAGAUACUAUGUUGCAUCAGCUUUCACGCUAACAAUUAAUAUCAUUGCCAAAAAACUCGUAUUAAAGGAACAGACAGGCUCUGAUGAUGAAGAUGAGUUGAGUGAACAGACAUUUAUGUAUUAUGUGAAUGAUGGAGUAUAUGGAUCAUUCAACUGCAUCCUCUUCGAUCAUGCACACGUGAAGCCUCUUCUGCAGAAGAGACCCAAACCAGAUAAGAAGUAUUAUUCAUGUAGCAUCUGGGGACCAACCUGUGAUGGCCUGGAUCGCACUGUUGAACGCUAUAACUUGCCCAAGAUGCAUGUGGGUGAUUGGAUGUUCUUUGAAAACAUGGGUGCUUACACUGUCGCUGCUGCUUACUUCAGUGGAUUCCAGAGACUGACCAUCUACUAUGUGACGUCAGGGCCAACAUGGCAACUGAUGCAGCAAAUCCAGAACCACAACUUCCCACUCGGAGUAGAGGAGCAGGAUGUUGGCACUCUGCCUGUGUCCUGUGCUUGGGAGAGUGGAAUGAAACAGCACCCAGAAGCCUGUGCUUCAGCUUGUAUUAAUGUGUAGAUACCAUUCUUGUAGCUGUUAACUGUGAGUU